AUGGCAAUGAAUGCGUUGAAGCAUCUAACUGUCACAGCAGCUGCUCCAGGAAUUGUUGCUGGUGGAGAGAAGAAAGAGGAAUCACUAAGACGAAAAAAUUUUUUUUUUCAAAAUUUUCAAACUUUCAUAAUUCCACCAAAUCAAGAAAUCCAUCUACAAGAACGGCUAAAGACAGAGGAAACUUAUCUUUUCAAGAAAGAAAAAAUCGAUUUUGUAUUUUGCAAAUACAAACUCUUGCCCAUGAAAACUCCAAACACUCAACAAUUGGAAAAAAUGAGAAAUGAGCAGAUGGAAAGGAUGAAGAAGGCGGAAAAAAUUAAGAACCCAAAAAAUCAAGAAGAAGAAGAUCAAGAGGGACCAUCCAUUUUGGAAUUGAAAACUGAAAAAUCCACUGCUGACAUUUGGAUAUCGGAGGACUGA